AGCGGACCAAAAGAAUGGCGAUAACAGUAGGAUUCGUCCCUGCGGCUUUCUGCCAACGAUCUGCGCUCGAGCUUAAGCCUCGCGAACAGGGUUGGAUCUGAAAUCCAGGCCUUAGUCUUCGGCGGCGAACGAGCUAGCAACCCGUCGUCGAGGGAAAAGAAGAUGGAGGGCCCCAGCGACUUCGAUGGCGGAGCUCCCAGGUGACGACGGCGGCACUUCAACUUCAGCAACAACCUCAAGCGGCGGACCUUCCUUCGAACGGAGAAACAACAGGGAUGGAUGGCGACCUCCACGGGCUUCAAUUCAACUGUGGAAGAUGGCGGCGUAGCUCCAGCGGCAAACAACCCACGAGCUCCAGAAUCAACGAACGACUCCCGAUGAAUCAGCGUGCAAAAGAACAACAACCCAGAUCCGGCGAAGUUUCCAAAGCUUCUAUCAGCGGCGUACGGCGGUGUGCGGCGGUGGACGCCGGCGGCAGACGGCGGAAUCCGGCGAACUCGAUGGCGACAGCAACCCUAGUCUCUGACACCACUGUUGAGGAUCGAUUCUGUCGCCGUAUUCUGGCUCAGGCAAUCCGGAGCUCGGUUUCCAAUCGUCUCUUGUGCACUCCUAAGCUAAGGGAGCAACUUCCCUAGAUAGCCACGCCUACACUCACACUUCUAGCCUCACAAAGAAGAAGAAGGAAUGCUGUCUCACCAGAACUACCUCUCGGCCAGGGAGGAAACAAGGUUCAACUAAUGAAACUGGCUUACUCUACAAGGGUGCAGACUUGUUGGAAUAGUCCAACAUUUCUAUUGUAUUAUUUCCCUAUUGUCAGUCCAUCCAUGUCAUUGGGCUAAUAUGCCAAAACCUCCUCUGUAUACGUAUGGGCAGACAUGCACCCUUGCAAAGUAAGCCAGUUUCAUUAGUUGAACCUUGUUUCCUCCCUGGCCGAGAGAUAGUUCUGGUGAGGCAGCAUUCCUUCUUCUUCUUCUUCUUUGUGAGGCUAGAAGUGUGAGUGUAGGCGUGGCUAUCUAGGGAAGUUGCUCCCUUAGCUUAGGAGUGCACAAGAGACGAUCGAAAACUGAGCUCCGGACUGCCUGAGCCGGAAUACGGUGACGGAAUCGAUCCUCAACAGAAAUUAAUACUCUGUAUUUUAAUUUACAUGGUAAUCGGUAGAGAAAUAUAUAUAUAUUAAUAAAUGGGGUAAUAAAUUCCACAUGGACUCCUAAAUUGUGUUUUGAGACUUUAUACGUUGGAGGCCGGGUUCUUUCUUAUUCCUAUGUCUACUCACUCCACUAUAUCAAGAGAGCCUUUUACUUAUUUGACAUUUGGCACAAUUUAUUGAGACUAGAGACUAGUGCAUUAUGGAUGCUCUUAAGUAUUUGAUAAAUGUCGAUUGAAGAUGCUAAAUGCC